GGCUGUACCUGACUGAUGUCCGAGUUACAUGCACUAUGAGUCAGGCAGAAUGGCUGGAGUUGGAAAGCGACCCUGGAUUGUUUACUUUACUUUUGGAAGAUUUUGGAGUUGAAGGAGUUCAAGUGGAGGAAAUUUAUGACUUGUCUAAGCCGAUUACUGAAAUUGUUUAUGGAUUUAUAUUCUUAUUUCAUUGGAACAAAGCCAAGAAAAAGCCUUGUCGACGUACUGGGAGAGGUUCAACUGGUUCAGUGACAAAUACAAUUUCGCCAAGUUCUCACAUACCUGUUUCCACUUGUGAUGUACGACCGAAUACAGUUACACCAAAGACAGGAAAUAGUGGUUCUCGUCAUCGUUCAGCAUCUGGAACGUGCCAGGAAAUUAUUACAACUCCAGAGUCUAAGUGUGUUGAUGAAAUCGCAGAAUGCAAGUCAAUAACUCCGAUAGCAGAAAAAAUAGAGAUUUUCUUUGCUCACCAGGUUGUUCAAAAUUCUUGCGCUACACACGCUUUACUGAGUAUCCUACUAAAUAGACCUGAAAUAAAUAUAGGACAUAUGUUAGCAGAGUUUCAAAAAGCCACGCGUCAUUUAUCGCCGGAAGCCAAAGGUCUUGCCAUCGGAAGUAUGCCACAACUUGCUCAGGCACAUAAUCGACAUGCUGCAAAACCACCAACCGUUUGUGAAAACGAAACGCCAUCUAAUUUAGUAUUACCUGAACCAAGUCAAGCUGCAGCAAAUGCAGCGGCAAUCGCUAAGGCCAGUAUAGGAACGGUGAAUUGUGUAAAUUCAUCAGAUUCAAGUCCUAGUCUAGCUACUACUACAGUAUCUAACGUAACAGUUCCCGAUACAUUUCAUUUUGUUUGUUAUGUUCCUAUUGGUGGGUUUUUAUAUGAACUGGAUGGUCUUACAUCUGAGCCAAUCAAUCACGGUCCUUUAAAAAAUCCAGAUGAUCAAUUUGCUUGGACUGAACAGUGUGCUGAUGUUUUAAAGGAACGUAUGCAAGAACAAGAUGUUCGGUAUAAUUUGUUAGCUGUUGUACCAGAUCGUCGUGUGGCGCUCACCAAACGUAUGCAAAUGUUAAAACGUAAUCGUCAACUUAUUCAAGAUAUUCUAUUUCGCAUGUGUCAAUUUGAUUAUACAUCUAAGUCACUACAUUGUGCUAAUAGUAAUACUACUGUUACAUCGAUAAUAACAACUGCUACUACUAAUACUAAUGCUGUUGCAACGACAACAACAUCAGCAGCAACUUUAUUAACAACAUCAACAUCAUCAUCAACAACAACAACUACUACUAGUACUGUUCCUAUCAAUCAUAAUCAUUCACAUAAUCAACCUAAUGGUCAUCGUCAUGUUCAUUCUCAUUCUAUUGAAGAAAAAUAUAAACUAAAUCAUUCUGAAAAAUUUCUUAAUGAUAACAACUGUGCACACCUAUCAAAUUCAUCACCGUCUAUAUCUGUGGAACAACAACAAAACUCUCCAUGCAUAGAGAAAUGUUCACCUAAAAGCACAAAUAUGCAUAGUUGUACCAACAAUACUACUACCACUACCACUACUACUACUACAAACAAUAACAAUGUUGAUAAAAACAAACAUGAACCAUCUGAUGAUCUUGAAAAUUCACGUUCCAUAAAAACUCGUUCAGUGACACGUGCUGCUAAACAAGUAAAUUGUGAAAAUCACAACUAUCAUGAAUCAGAAUUAAAUGAAUCAAUUUAUCAAAAACAAUGUAAUAAUAAUAAUAAUAAUAAUAAUAAUAAUAAUAAUGAUCAUUCUCUAUCUGAUACUAUUUUAACUGACAGUAUACAUUCUUCUCUCAAUGAUGAUUAUAAUAAAUUUUGUUUUUCAACUCGUAAACGUUCCUCCUAUUCAUUAUCAAGUGAACAUGAUGAUCCGGAUUAUUGGAAUUGUCAGCAUAAGAAACCUUAUUUACAAAUGCCUCAACAUGAUAAUAAUAAUAACAAUAAUAGUUAUAAUUGUAAUUCUCAAUUAGAAUAUUCAUCGAAUACAAAUAAAAUAAAUAAAAUUUUCGCUUCUUUCAUUUCAAAUAGUCCACCUUUACCUCUUAGUGUAUUUACUGAAACAAUGUGUAGUACAGUUGACAAGUUGAAUAUCAAUAAGACAUCUCAUUCAAUAAGAGAUGAUUGUAAAGAAUCUAAGGGAAAUCUUCAUGAUAUACAAGAUUUAGAAAAUGGUCUAUCGAAUGGAAUUUCAAUUAAAUCAGAAGAAAAUUGUUUGUAUGACGUGAAGAAUUUCCAUUCACAUGAUCAUGAUACAGAUCGAUUAAUAAAAGAAACGUCCACAUCUACGAGUUGUACUGAAUUUAAUUCUUUUAAGGUUAAUGAUCCUAUAUUAUGUAGUCGAUCAACAUUUUUGGAUAAACAAAACAUUCCAUUAAAAGAACUUACUAAACCUCUAGUUGUUGAAACAAAAUUAUGGUGUGAUACUAGUUCGGAAAAUUUAUAUACUGAUAACUCGGAAACAGCUGUUACAAAUGAUAUAUAUCCUACAAAUUCAUCUAAUCAAAUUUGUGGUACUGUUAUAGAUUCACGUCCACAAACACGAGCGCUUACUAGAGCAUCUUUAAAACAAAAUUCACUUAGUUCAAUGCAAGCAUCAACUGAAGAACAAAUUUCUACCAUCAAAAAUUCAUCUGAUAAUUUACAAUUAAAUAAUGAAUCCGGUGUAUAUAAUUCAAAUGUUUUACUCAAGUAUCGUUCAUCUGCAGAACUUUCCCCAAUCACUACAGAAUUUUCAGCUGAAUCCAACAUUUCAAUUUCAUCCAAUGAUAUCACUGAUUCACAUCGAGGAUCAAAGUAUCCAACAAGAUCAUCAACUCGAAUGGAUACUCUAGCUUCUCAUAAUUUAGCUAAUCUUCGUUCAAAUCCUGCUACUCUUCAUAGUAAUACAAGUCCUUCAAAAAUUAGUCGGAUCACUUCUUUUGAACAAACUUCUACGGUUACUUCCACUGCUAUUGCUAAUCCUAAUAAUACAACUAUUACUUCAACAUACUUAUCAUCUUUUACAUAUGAUUAUAUGAAAUUGAAAAGUUCACCAAGUUUACAUCCUCCACCUUUAAGUUUGGAAGAAUUGAAUAUCCUAUUGCAUAAAAUAGAUGAACAAAUUAAACUAUGCCUUAAUGCUUUGAUUGAAGAAGAAGAGAAACGUCGAUCUUAUCGUAUUGAUGAUGCUAGACGCAUACAUAAUUAUGAACCAUUUAUACGGGCUUUUCUCACUGCUCUAGCUAAACAUGGAAUGUUACAAGAUCAAGUACUAUCUGCAUUGAAAAUGAAACAUACUUCUGUAACUAUUCAAAAUCAUAAUUCAUCUACACAAAUAUCAGAUAGUUUUAAAAAAUCUAAUAUAAAAAAUCCUACUAAUAACAACAAUAAUAAUAAUAAACAUGUAUCUAAUAAAAUCCAUACUGAACGCAUCUAUUCAUUGGGAAAUAAUUCUUCAAUUAAAAAUAGAACUUAUCUUUCAAAUUCAAUAAUAAAUAGAUUAACUCGAGUUAAUCAAUCUACAAACAAUAAUAUUCGUGUCUCUCAUCAUUAUAAUUCUUUAAACUAUCGUAAGCUGCGGAGGAGAAGAAGAAUGAGGCAUUCAAUUAGAAAUUCCAGUUGUACUGGAAAAGAUUCAACUGAAGUCGAAUCAAAAUCUUCCAUGUUAGUGGAAUCAGAUGAUGCGAUAUCAUCUUAUAAACCAUCUGUAACAGACGAGUCAUUAUCAUCUAUAAACACCACUGCCGCUUGUAGUUUACCAGGUGUAUUAACUAACUCUACAACUUCACGUCAAGUACCAGUUGCAUCUACACAAAGUCAAAACUCACGUGCAAUACGAAUCAGUGUAAAUCAGCAACGUAUUGAUGAAACUAGUGAAUCUACUCCACAAGGCUCAUUAGUUGUUUCGAGUAGUUUAUGUACAGAUAGUUGUCAAAAGUCCUCUGUAACUAUUGAUGACAAUACCAUAGUUGAAGGUAGUUUAGUUUCUUCAGCUGUAUCAUCAGUCACCCUGGCAUCUUGUUCAUCAUGUGGUUCAUCUCCUCAGUCAUCCAAUUCAUCCCGGUCAACUAAUCUUCGAUCCAAUUCUACUAGUGUAAAAUUAGGACAAACUAAAUCGGAUGAUCGAGUUAAUACUAGACGUUCAUUACGACCACGUGCCUCUCGGGAACAUGUUUUCACACAAGAUGCAAAUAAUUCAGUUGAUUCUUUUAGUGUCACAUCAGAGGAUCUAGACACAAACAGUAAUGGAAUUAAUUUAAGAGAUAGAACUAUGAAAUCAUCUUCACGUAUACAAAAUAAUGACUGUACAAAUUGUACCAUCACAGAAUCAUCUAUUUCAUCCAAUUCUCAGCGAUUUCGGAAACGACGUCUACAUUGAUCACUUUAUCCAAUCAUUUAUAUUGAUCACUUUAUCCUAAUUGUCUUUCUAUUUAAUCUUAGUUACUUUAUCAUAGAUACCUUUUUUUGUUACUGUGCGUGUGUGUAUACAUCGAAAAUGUUUUUUUUUAUUCCUAUUGUUUGUAAAGUCAGUUUAUUCGUUAAAAAAAAUGCGAAGGUCAGCUGUAAAAACGAGACAUUUUAAGCGCUUUGUAAUUAUUAUUAUUAUUACUACAGGAUUUUAAAAUCAAUUCACUUUUCCUUGAUAAAAUGUAUGCUCUUAAUGUAUGUGUAUAGGCUGCAUGAAAUAGUAUGGACGAUGGAUGCGACCAUAUUUUUUUUUACUUCUCUGUCUCAUUUUAUUGUUCAUCUUUUUGUUUUUUUUUCCUACCUCGAUAUGUGUGUUGUUAGCUUUUAACAUGUAGUCCAAUUCUUACUGUAGUGGAUUUCUUGCUUGUUAAUCUUCAGCGUUUCUUAAUUUAGUCCUCACAUGAAAUAUUGAUUUCUCAUAUAUACAUAUAUACAUAUACUUCCUGCAAAUGUACAUGGUACUUUAGGGUAACAGUUAUAUUGUUUGUCAUUGUAAUCUGUUGUAAUAGAAAGCUUUUUAUAAGUGUAUCAUAUAUAUAUAUAUAUAUAUAUA